AUGGCUGGACAGCGAUUUCUGAUCGUACUGAUCGUGGUUUCGAUCUUGGUACCAUCAAUUCGGGAGGCUUCUGCCAAAACCUGUGGAUCGAGACUCCAGUUGCGGACUCAAAAUGAUCCCGUUGACCUCAGUCGGCUGAGCGAGAAGCAGCUAAAACAGCUGGUUGAGCAGUUGCCAAAAUUGCAAACUCAGAAGGGCGAAGAUGGCGGAGAUCUGGUGGCGGAAGAGGAUGACCCAGAACAGGAUCAGGAACUGGAGGAUUCCGAGGACGAUCACCGCGGCGGAAGUCGUCCAUGGAACAGAGUGCAGCGGAUAAUCCGACGACAGCUGGUGAAAAUACCGAAGAGAUAUCUCAAGAAGCUCCUUAGGCAGUUUGGAUUGGCCCGGAGUGCUGGACAUAACGGUGUCCGGAGUGCGGACUUGGCUGCUCCCCAGUUGGAGGAGUACUACCUAAUACCACUGGAAUGA